UUACCCAACAUAAUAUUUCUGAUUUCCUUACAAAAUAAUUAAACAGUUGUAGAAUUAUUACUUCAACACCCAUUAUCCCAUUAACCUUUUAUUAUAGUGUCUCCUUGCUGGCAAAUAAACUGAACAGUUUUUUGGAUCCAAUGAAAUCAGUUUUAAAUUGAUCUAUUUAAUUGUUCACGUUUUUUUAUGAUGGCUUCCUAAUAAGUUUUAAGCAAAGUUGUGUCGGUAAAGAUGCAGCGUAAACCAGGAUUCCCUAUUGCGAACUGCAAUAUAAAAAUGCCCGAUAGCUCAAUGCCUCCAGAAGUAGCAGGGGAUGAUGAAUGGGACCCUCAACAGAGACGGCAGCAACUCAUAAAUUUUGGUCACUCUCAAUGGGGCUUUAAUAAUUGGAAUUGGACGGUCACCAAGCAGGACUUGGAUUUUGUUGAAUUAAUUAAUGGCAAAUACACUGCUGGAGUGGCUGCAUUUAUUAAUGUUACCAUUAAGAGUUUUGAUAUCCAUCGGGAAAAUGUUGGAUAUGCAACAUCUAUUGGUAUCACUAAAGGCUCGGCUAUACAUAGAGCCCGUAAAUGUGCUGUUACAAAUGCACUCCGUGAGACCUUAUUAAGCUUUGGCGGAACAGUGUCCACAGAGCUCAUAGAGUUACUGGAAACAAACAAAGUAGAAGUGCCAAUGCCAGAACCAGAUAUUCAAAUACUCAAACCAACUGAACCCAAAAACUUAGCUCGUAAAGAAGAGACAAAUGGAACAAUUGCUAAGAAUAUAUCCAGCGUGCCGAGCGUGACUCCUGUACGUGCGCCGCCACCGGCGAUCAAGAAUGCUGUCAACAUUCCACCCCCCAUAGCCAAGGCCCACCCAAUGCCUGCUAAUCUGCCCCCAGCAGCCAACAGGCCCCCUUUGGUCCCGCGCCCACCGCCGCCCCCCCCAGCUCCCCACGUGCGACCGAAUAACGUAAGUUUUAUCCUCCCAGUGAUGGGAGGCAUGGUACCCCCCAUGUAUCCUCCGCCCCCGCGAAUUCCCCACACACCAACCAUGUACCACAACUACUACGAAUACCCAUGGCACUUUUACGAAACAUACGACCGUCACCAUGGUAACGUUAAUUUGAACUUCAACAUGCCGCCUAAGAAUCUGGUCGUGAACAGCCGGUCGCCGGUAGAAUGCAAGAAUGCGUGCAGACAGGGUCCAAACGGGCCUGAAAUGGAUCCAAAUUAUCUUCCACAGAAUCAAGGCUGUUGGAUAAAGCCCACCAUCUUCUAUGAUGGCUUCUGGACGGAGCAAAAGGUUAAGAAGUGGGUUGCCGAACAGGUUGAGAAACAGUUCCCAGAAGAUGGUUCUAAGCCUUCUUCACCUAGUAGUGGUCCAGAACCGACCGCGCCCAAAUCAUAAGCAUUUGUAUUUGUAUACUGUCCAUUUGCCAAUUUUCACAUUUGUUCGUUAAUGAACAUUAAUUUUUGCUCAUGACACAUCUUUCUCUUAUACAGCGGUAUACAUUUUAGCGUAUAUUCUCUAAACACGCGUUUCGAACUUAGUAAUUUACACUUAGAGUAAGUAUAUUUUUACUGAAAUACACUAUUUUUUAUCGAUUUUUUUAUUGUUACUAGUUCAGUAGGAUCUGGGUAUUAUUGAUGCUUGGCGUUUAGGAAUAUUAUUUAAGAGUGAUUUUAGGCAUUAGUGUAAAAUUUGAAAUGUUAAAAAAUAUGUAAUUAUAUAAUACAAUAAUUCCCUUUUAUGUAUAUUUACUUGUUUCUCUAAUUCAAAAGGUACGUAUCUGUUAAGCAGUUCCACUAAAAGUAAUUACUUACCAUAAGUCAUACCUGACAAUGUGUUUUCAGUAGAAUAGCUGAUAACUUAAAAUGUCAACUAUAUUCAAACAGAAUUUACUGUCCAAGUUCAUCAUAAAUGUUCUAUCAGGAAAAACAGUAAAUGCCUAAUACUAUUAUGUAAAAUAAAAAGGUAUAUAUUUCUGUUAAUUGCAACAUGAACUUGGCAGUAUAAAUAUGAAAGACAAAAAUCUUAACAGUCUGGACUAGUAAAUGUUACAAUUAUCAGUAGUAUUCCAAUUUCGGGCAUUAUCACUGUAUUUUUAUCCUUUUUUAAUUUCUAUAAAAAAUCUUAUAUUUAAUAUAAUCUAAACCAUAUAUUUUAAUGGUUUGAUAGAUAUUUAUUCCCUUCAUUAAAAAUAAGUGAUAAAUGCAGAUUCUAGCUAUAAAUGAUAGAAUUACAAUAGGUAUUAUAUUGUAUGGUAUCAUUAUUAAAUACAUGUUUUAUUAUAAUAAUAAAUU